AUGCCGCGGAUCGUGCGGCGCAAGCCGCUCCUCGAGCGCAUCAAGGCCGCCCUGGAUCCCAUGGACUUCCUUCUCUGGCUCUCCGAGGAGAUUGAGACGCGCGACUGGGACUCCCAGGCCAUAGGCACGCAGAUUGGCGUGGGCAUGAACUUUGUCUUCCUGCUGGCAAGGGCGAACAGUGGCUCGUCCCACGGCGCGGCUGAUUCGGUGUUUGAUGAGCCCUCCAUCAGUGGAUGGGUGUCGUUCUUGGUUGGCACCAUUGUGUGGUCUCUGAUGGCCUUUUCGCUCUGCAACGCCUUCUACACAAUGACCCGUUCCCGUUACUACCGCCUGUUCGAAGCAGAUGUCGAGACCAAGCCUGCGACAAGUUCGGCUCGAAGAGUUCGGGUCAAGGAUGACCCACCGACAGCCUCGCCGCUACGAUUCCUCGCCGACAUCAUGGCUCCCGACAGUGCCGAGUCUCGCGCUCAUCCAGACAAGGCCAACGAUGUCUGGCAGCUCUCCGUCUGGGAUCCUCUGCCCAUCUCUCUACGCAUCUUCAGCCUCUUCAGCCCUGCCCACAUCCUCGUGUACUGGGUCUUCCUGCCCCUCGAGGCACUUGCCAAGCAGCCGAGCGUGACGGUCUUCAACUGCUUGCUGCUGCAGGUCAUCAUCUCGGCACAACUGUGGCUCGUCCAGUCCAAGUACUCGCAGCAGAUUAAGGAUACUGCCGUGGUACAGAAGGAGGUCAUGCACGAGUACGACGCCAAGUUCGUGCAUCCGCGCUUGUACCCGAGCGUUCGGGAUGCUGGUACUCAGCUGGUGACCGAUGCGUCUGGCAGCGGCGAGAGCUACGUCGAGCUUGGUACGCCCCACGUGCAGCUCAAGCGAGGCUUCCACGCGCGAUCCAACCCGUAUGUAGAGAGCAGCAAUGAAGGACCAUCUCGAGCGACACCUCCCUACCGGGACAACACUUCCAACAACAUCAGCGGCCCAAUCACUCCGCUUGCGCCUUCUCGCCGCUCAGACAUCAGCAUGAAUAGCGCCAUGUAUGGUCGACCGUCAACAGUCCGCCGUAGUACGCCAGGUGCUGUUGUGCCGUCAUCUGCAGCUGGUCUCAAUCCUCGCAUGGUCGACUCUGCGGUCUCGACAGCGUCCAAUGCGGGCCAUGGGGCUUAUUUGGGAGUCAUGAACCACCCCAGCUCGCCCCUGAAGAAAGCUGCUAGUAUUGGCGAUCUUCACUACCGCUCUCCGCGCAACAAUGCGGAGAUGGCUCGGUACGAGCAGCAGCAAGCAUGGGAAGACAGGCAGCUCAGCACCAGCCCGGCUAAGAGUGUACGGAAGAGCACUGGCACACUUCCGGGCCCAGACUCUGUACCAUCGCCAAAGCAGCCAUGGACACAGCGACCAAGGAACAGCUACGAGAGGUACCCUUCUAUGUGGAACCGGUGA